AUGGCUAUGUCAGAGGACCUGUUGAACGAAAUCGAGGCUAUCAAUUCUAUCUACGGUCCAGAAAGCCUCCAAGAGCUGCCCAAUGAAGAGACAUUCAUUCUCACAAUACCUGACAAAGACGUCAGGAUCCGCUUACGAUUCCCAAAUACUUACCCUCGAGAUCCCCCGCAAGCGAUCGGCGUAGAAAGUACGGGGUCUGAUACGCGCAAAGGGUACGGAGUCAAGGCUUUAGACAUUGCACAGACUCUGCUACGGGAGCUCUUCGUACCUGGUUCCGUCGUCAUCUUCAGCCUCGUGGACGAAUUGCAGUCACGUUCAAUCUCUACUACUGAUGAUACAGAUCAGGGGGGAGUCACAGCUCUCGACAUUUCUAAUAUUCAAGAGCAAACGUUAUCUACUUCUGUAUCUCCUGAUCAGAUUGUAGCGCCACUGUGGUAUCUUUCUAACUCGAUAACGGAAAAAAAGUCAACGUUCCUAGGACGAGCUGCGUUUGUAGAGUCACCUGUUGGCGCUCGUGAAGCACUACAGCACUUGCUCUCUACUGACAAAAAGGCUGAGCGAGCUACGCAUAACAUCUAUGCCUUCCGGAUAAGAGAGUCUCGGAACGCGGCAGUGACGUUCCAAGACUGUGACGACGAUGGCGAGACAGCUGCCGGGGGCUUAGGUCCAGAUCGCUUCAGGCUCAUCAAUCAAGUCGCACGAGGUGCUGUAGCUGAAGCACAUCCGCCCACUACGAUUACUGUGGGUACAUUCGAUGCCUCAUACAUCGGCUUACGCUUUCUGCAAGCCGACGGGUCGGAUGCUGCACCCCAGAUUCUCAGUAAAUCAAAUGCCGCUCCAUCUUCUUAUCCGGGAAGAGACCGCCAGAUUGAGAGCAUGCGAGAAAUGGCGGUAAUACCGAUAGUCUGUUCAGCACGUUGGAGGGCGAAUCAAUACAUUGCCGACGCGCGCGCAACUUCGACGGAAAUAUAUUGUCUUAUAGUGACUACAUAG